CGCGCAACAACAGGGAGGCCCGGGCUCAUCUCUUGGACCGUCAACUCUGAGCUUGGCGGUGGCGCCGCCCUCCAUGUUUUUCAGAGCAGGCCUGUCCGCAAAGUCUCAGCUUCUUCGCGUUUUUCAGCCUGCUUCUGUUGCCACUAUGAGUACUGGCACCUUCGUCGUGUCGCAGCCGCUCAAUUACCGCGGCGGGUCCCGGGUGGAGCCGGCAGACGCCUCCGGCACCGAGAAGGCGUUCGAACCGGCAACGGGUCGUGUGAUAGCUACUUUCACAUGUUCAGGAGAAAAGGAAGUAAAUUUGGCUAUUCAAAGUGCAAAGUCUGCCUUUAAAAUAUGGAGUCAAAAAUCUGGCAUGGAGCGUUGCCGAAUCCUUUUGGAGGCUGCCAGGAUAAUCAGGGAGCGGAGGGAUGAAAUUGCCACUGUGGAGACCAUCAACAAUGGCAAGUCCAUCUUUGAGGCCCGGAUGGACAUUGAUACUUCGUGGCAAUGCCUGGAGUAUUAUGCAGGCUUGGCUGGCUCCAUGGCUGGUGAACAUAUCCUGCUCUCAGGGGGAUCCUUUGGUUACACCAGAAGAGAACCCCUUGGAGUAUGUGUGGGAAUAGGAGCAUGGAACUACCCUUUUCAGAUUGCCUGUUGGAAGUCUGCUCCAGCCUUAGCUUGUGGUAACGCCAUGAUCUUUAAACCGUCUCCCUUCACGCCUGUUUCGGCAUUGCUGCUGGCUGAAAUCUAUACUGAGGCUGGUGUGCCUUCUGGGCUCUUCAGUGUGGUGCAAGGAGGGGCUGCCACAGGCCAGUUUCUGUGCCAGCAUCCUGAUGUGGCCAAAGUCUCCUUCACUGGAAGUGUGCCCACUGGCACAAAGAUCAUGGAGAUGGCAGCUAAAGGAAUCAAGCCUGUUACCUUGGAACUUGGAGGCAAAUCUCCACUCAUCAUCUUCUCAGAUUGUGUCAUGGAGAAUGCUGUGAAGGGGGCACUGAUGGCCAACUUCCUCACGCAAGGUGAGGUUUGCUGUAAUGGCACAAGGGUAUUUGUCCAAAAGGAAAUUCUUGAUAAAUUUACAGAGGAAGUGGUAAAACAGACCCAAAAGAUAAAAAUUGGAGAUCCUCUUCUAGAAGAUACGAGGAUGGGCCCCCUCAUCAACCGACCACACUUGGAGCGAGUUCUUGGGUUUGUUAAACUGGCAGAGGAGCAGGGUGCGAAAGUGUUAUGUGGGGGAGACCUCUAUGAACCUGAAGACCCCAAAUUAAAGGGUGGAUAUUACAUGCGACCUUGUGUAUUAACUAAUUGCAGAGAUGACAUGACCUGUGUGAAAGAAGAGAUCUUUGGGCCCGUUAUGUCCAUUUUAUCGUUUGACACUGAAGCUGAGGUUCUGCAAAGAGCCAAUGAUACCACUUUUGGACUCGCAGCUGGCGUUUUCACCAGGGACAUCCAGCGGGCUCAUCGCGUGGUGGCUGAGCUUCAGGCUGGAAUGUGCUUCAUUAACAACUAUAAUGUCAGCCCAGUGGAGUUGCCCUUUGGUGGAUAUAAGAAGUCAGGGUUUGGCAGAGAAAAUGGUCGUGUGACCAUUGAAUAUUAUUCACAACUGAAGACUGUGUGCGUGCAGAUGGGCGAUAUGGAGUCUGCUUUCUGAACGGCUGCAGGGAAUCCUGUCCACAUGGCCACGUGGAAUGCGGAGAAUCGGCUCUUUUGACAGAGGCAGUACAACUGAAUAGCAUUCUCAAUCCAGAAUUUUGAUCGUUUAGGAUAAGAUAAUGGUUCGAGGUUACCCUUUCUCUCUCAGCCAUCUUCCUAACUGAAAAUGUGCUUAAGUGCUUUUUAGAGAAUAAUCAAUAAAGUUGUGAUUUUCCUCAAAACAAAUUUCCGUGAAAUCUUUAAGAGCCAGCAACAGACUUCUGGAGAAGGACCAGGAUUAUCCUUCCCUGGAUCUGACCCAUCAACAGUAUUAAUUUGCUAGCUCAUUUAAAGGAAUCAUUCUUUCGUAAGCCGCUGGUGGAAUCAGUAGUUAUGAUUUCAGCUCACUGAGAAAGCUGACGGUUGGGAUAGAGAGGUGACUAGAUAAUGGCUGGGGAAUAGCCUGUGUGAAUGCUGACUUGCUGUAUUAAAGCCCUUUGUUUGCAUUUAGUGCUGGGAUAGAGGGAAUCUGCCUCCAGUCUCUUAUGACACAGAGUUACUUUUUAAAUAUACACAUUCUUUGUAUGCUGAUACAAUAUACUGCAAUUAAAUCACACUGUUAAUCCUUUCAGUUUUAUGUUUUGAUGACUAGUUUAAACAGAGACUGUUGUCUUUGCUGACUUGGGGUGGCUAGUAAGCAGUGGAGCAUGGGGAGUAAAUGUACGCAUCUUAAGGUUACAGACAGAGGACAGGGCUGAAAUGAAAAGUAUAAGGCGGAGGGAUUUGAGUUUUCUUUGCAGCAAAGACAGAGGGCAGGUUUCACUUGCUGUGAUGAGCGUAACUUACGGCCCAUGUAAGCGGUUAGGCUUCCUGACCUUCCCCAGC